AUGCGUAAAGUUGAGGCUGCGCAGCCAGAGCGCACGGAUUAUACGAUGGACGGAUAUUUGGACCAACAAGUGCCUUACCCUUUAGCAAAUAAGUCGCAAGGAAAUGGGCCCCUAAAUAGACUGUUGAUGGCAGCAAAAAGGAAAUUCAUGGACACAGAAUUACCCCCUCAGGAAUCUGAAGAUCUCUUCCAGGACUUGAGUCAGCUUCAAGAGACGUGGCUCACAGAAGCUCAGGUUCCUGACAGCGACGAGCAGUUUGUUCCUGAUUUCCAUUCAGAAAACUCGGUGGCAUUUCACAGUCCUCCUGUCACUAUCAAGAAGGAACCACAGAGUCCGGGUUCUGACCCCAGCCAGUCCUGUAGCCACAAACAGACCUUCAGCUACCCCAGCGGAGAGCAGUGCCUUUAUGCCAGUGCCUAUGAGCAGAAAAGGGCAGCAGGAGGAGCGAAGAGCUCCUGCCCGGGGACCCCCAUGUCCCCCAUGCAGCAGCAUUACUCCCCCAAACCUGCAGCUGCUGGACGGCCAGACGCCGGCUACCUGAACCCAGCCGCCACCUCCCAGCCCCUCCCCAGCAACAGUUACCACGUGAACGCCAGUUCCAGGUUUCAGGGCCCUUCAGCGGAGCCUCUGUGCCCCCCGUUCCCCCAAGCCGGGCAGGCCUUUCAGCGCAUGCCGUCUGCCCCGGCGGGCAGCAGUGGGGGUGGAGGUGGAGGGGGUGGAGGGCCAGGGGGCGGUGGAGGUUUCCAUCGGCAGCACUCGGACCCCUGCAUGCCCUACCUGCAGCAGAGCUUUAAGCAAGAAUACCUGGACCCUCUGUACGAGCGGGCGGCUCACAUGGCCGGCCACGGACCCCACCCCCACCAACACCCCCACCCACACACACAUCCACACCGGUUUCCACCCGCCCACAUGAUGGUCAAGCAGGAACCGACAGACUACACCUACGAACCUGAUGUGCCUGGUUGUCCCUCCAUGUACCACCACAGCGAGGGCUACUCAAACCCCCAACACAGCAAUGAAGGCUAUUUGUUCGAGAACGACUCCCGCGUUGUUCCAGAGAAGUUCGAAGGUGAGGUCAAACAGGAAGGGGGCGGAGUUUUCCGAGAAGGCACACCUUACCAGCGCCGUGGCUCGUUGCAGCUCUGGCAGUUCCUGGUGGCCCUUCUGGACGACCCGAGCAAUGCCCACUUCAUCGCCUGGACCGGCCGCGGCAUGGAGUUUAAACUCAUUGAACCCGAAGAGGUUGCCAGACUGUGGGGCAUGCAGAAGAAUCGUCCUGCCAUGAACUACGACAAGCUCAGUCGCUCUCUGCGCUAUUACUACGAGAAGGGAAUCAUGCAGAAGGUGGCCGGGGAGCGCUACGUUUACAAGUUUGUGUGCGAGCCCGAGGCGCUCAUCUCCCUGGCUUUCCCCGACAAUCAGCGGCCCAGCCUAAAGGCCGAGUUCGAGCGCUACGUCAACGAGGAGGACACGGUGCCCCUUUCACAUCUGGACGAGGGCGUGCCCUACAACCCUGAACAACCCUCCCAAAACAUGGGCCCUCAGCCCUACUCUAAAGGCUACAUGUACUAAAGCCAGAAUCCCUCCCCUCCACCUUCAGAAGUCCUCCUUGUUGCACCAACCCAUCGUCAUACACAUCCUGAGACACCCCUCGCUCCCAGCACCUCUUGCACACACCCACCCCUUCCACUUGUAUAUAAGGCUAUGGUUUUUUGUUUUAAAUUAAUCUCAGUAGGGAUUGUUUUUGUUUUUAAGAGCUGCAUUCCUCUCAACACUUCAACCUGACGGGUUGAAGCGAUCGCUUAAUAAUAAACACCCAUGAUAAU